AUGAUCGACGCUGAAAAUAUCAACGAUGUCUUAAAUACUGAUAUCCGAACACCUAUCCCCGAAUCGAUUGUAUCGAAGAUCUUGUCCUUGCCACCCUUCGUGAUCGUGCCUGGUGUAUCCAAUCUCCGAGACUUAAGCCGUGAGAACGAGCUAAGACCGGGAUAUGUCUACCGAUCCGGUAAUCUAUCGGAUGUUUCUCCUGAAGGAAAAUCUAUCCUAGCUAAUGAUCUCGGCAUUACUACGAUAUUUGAUCUGCGGAAUCAAGGCGAAAGGGAGCGGGCUCCUAGUCCAGAAAUAGACGGCAUCGAGACAAUAUGGAUGCCCUAUGGGGCCAGGCCUGCAACAUUGAACCUACGAGAUUUUGCCAAGGAUGAUCAAGCUGCACCUGGGUUCGUGGCGAUGUAUAUGGGUAUUCUAAAUGCAGCUAAGCCUAUAUUCACCGAGGUUUUCACUCAUAUCAGAGAUGAGCCUAACGAUCCAUUUAUGUAUCAUUGUUCGGCUGGAAAGGACCGGACUGGAGUAUUAUCAGCACUUAUUUUCCUCCUCAUUGGCCGACAUUACGAUGAAAUUAUCAACGAUUACAUGUUGACCCGCCUAGCGCUGGAAGGCACGCGGGAAAAUUUGACUCGUGCGCUGGGUCUAGAUCUAGAUAUAUCUACCGAUCAAUUAAGCCCGGAGGCAAAUGGCAUACUUGAACUAAGUGGAGUCCGAGCACAGGCCAUGGAGGCUUUUCUGAAGACCUUCGAGGCCACUUACGACGGCGGCGUCGAGAAGUUUUUGACUAGUGACCUCGGGUUCUCACCCGAUGACAUCGCGUUGAUGCGCAAGAACUUAAAUCAACGUUAA